AAGAAUGCGGGCCAAGUGAGCAGACAAAGCAGAGCUUUUAAAGCCACCGCCAGCGGGUCACGCGUUCGGAAGUCAAACACUCUUUACCUUGAAACGCAGCUACGAUUGUCAUCCUCUCUCUUCCAAUCUUCUUCUCUCUGAACACAUCUGGCAAAAAAAGCACAUCAUGACUGGCAGGGAAAUCCUCCACAAGAUGAAAGCGAAGGCUUUUGGUUCAUCUGACACUGGAAAAGGCAAAAGCAAAAUGUCAAAGCACAUCACACAUGGCUUCCACAUGGUAAAGGGAAAAUCGAAUCAUGACAUGGAAGAUUAUUUAGUUUCUGAAUUCAGGCAAUUUAAUGACAAGGAGUUGGGCAAGGAGUUGGGCUUAUUUGCAAUAUUUGAUGGCCAUUCAGGCCAUGAUGUUGCAAGCUACUUGCAAGGCCACCUGUUUGACAAUAUUUUAAAACAGGAUGACUUCUGGACUGAAACAGAGAAUGCUUUGAGGAGAGCUUAUCGUAUGACAGAUGCUGAGAUAUUGGAGAAAGCAUUAGUAUUGGGAAGAGGAGGCUCAACAGCUGUAACUGCAAUACUGAUCAAUGGUGAAAAGCUUGUUGUAGCAAAUGUAGGAGACUCUCGGGCUGUUAUAUGUAAGAAUGGUGUAGCCAAGCAACUAUCAGUUGAUCAUGAGCCAAGCAGGGAGAAAAGGUUGAUUGAGAGCCGUGGUGGUUUUGUGUCAAACCUUCCAGGGGAUGUCCCACGUGUUGACGGACAGCUUGCUGUUGCAAGGGCAUUUGGUGAUAAAAGCUUAAAGUUACACCUUAGUUCAGAACCUGAUGUGACAAUUGAGAUGAUAAGUGAUGAUACAGAAUGCAUUAUUUUAGCAAGUGAUGGAAUAUGGAAGGUGUUGUCAAACGAAGAUGCAGUAAAUUGUAUUAAACACAUUAAGGAUGCUCAGUCAGCUGCAAAGCACUUGAUAGAGGAGGCUGUUUCCAGGAAAAGUAAGGAUGACAUAUCCUGCAUAGUUGUGAAGUUCCAAUGAUAUAUUCUUUCCACAAGAUGAACCAUGGUUUUCUUUAAAUGCUGGUCCAAAACUGGGUCAUAUGUGUGUAUAUGAGACAUAAAUUUAUUUCUUUUAUUACCUUCAAAGAUUGUUGGAGUCUUCUAUAACAUUCGUAAUGUACAAGUAAUCACAUACCAUUAAUGUAGACUGGCAAUGAUGUGAAAUGUUUGUUGCUUUAAAUAUGAGAUAUUGGAGGAAA